AUGCGCACAGCAACAAACUUGCUUAUCUUUUGUGCGCUAUUGUGGCCUCUCCCAGGCAACCGUCAGGUCACAGCGUUGGAAGAUGUAAUAGAAGAACAGCUUAUUGGCUGGAAAGGCGAGACUUAUAACGUCCAGAAAUCGGCAACAAGUCCUGGCCCAGGAAGCGGUCCAUGGGUUGAGACAGUAUCCUGGAUGCCCCGGGCCUUCGUCUACCACCAGUUUCUGACACCCGCGGAGUGCGACCACCUGAUAGAGCUCGCGACGCCUAAGCUGGAGCGCAGUAUGGUUGUGGGCACUGAUAGCGACCUGAUUGACGACAUCCGUACGAGCUUCUCAGCUAGCAUUAUGUACGGCGAGACCUCGAUUGUGUCGAGCAUUGAGGAGCGUAUAGCCCGGUGGACGGUGCUCCGGUACGUCAACGGUCAAAAGUACGACGCCCACUGGGACUGGUUUGAUGAUAAUGAGGUGGCCAAGGCGGGGGGCAGCAACCGCAUGGCCACUGUCCUCAUGUAUCUUUCAGAUGUAGAUCCUGCAGCAGGCGGGGAGACCGCCCUCCCUCUGGCUGAACCCCUGGACCCGCACAAGCAGUCGGUGGAUGGCCAGGGGUACUCGCAGUGCGCUGCCAGGAUGGGCAUAUCGAUAAGGCCCAGGAAAGGCGACGUGUUGCUGUUCUGGGACAUGGAUCCCGCGGGGCUCAUUCCCGACCGCCACGCGCUGCACGCCAGCUGUCCGACAUUCUCCGGAACCAAGUGGACAGCCACAAAGUGGAUCCACAACAAGCCGUACAGAUGA